CUAGUCUUUUACUGGAUAAUAACAAAGGAACUGGGGGAGGAGUUUAUACCCUAGUUAUGAUUUAAGAUGGUAGCAGAAAAUUUCUGAAGUGGGCCGGAGGGAAGGCUGAUAGGCAGACUGUAGUUGUGAGGAUCCAGACUAGGAGCAAGUCUCCUGAGAGUUAGUGUUCUUCAGUAGAAUGGAGAGACAGGGAGGCCUCAGGAUAGACUAAAAACCUAAGCCUAAGCUUGAGCCUGAGGAAGGGGCCACAGUUGCUUUUAAUGUUUUUUUAAAUGACUCCAGAAAGACUCUCUAGGGUCACUAUUCUGACAGGGAGGUAGAACAGAAGAGGAGCCCCGGAGGGGCAGAAGAUGUCAUAUUGAUGACCAGUGUCAAGUGGGGUACUGUUUGAGUGGGAUACUGUUACCUUUAAAGGGGAAAGACUUUAAAGCGAUCUGGCUGGAGGUCUCAGUCACAUGAAGAGAGACCACCACAGGUCUGAAGCUGUUAUCAUCAAGGGGUACUGAUGAGGAAAGAAAUGCUGUGCCAUGCCCAACUGUGAAGGGGUUUGCCUUAGAGAGAGGAGAUACAGAGCAGCAAUGCUGUAAGAAGCUUUAAACCAGGUCCAUAGCAGAUACAGCAGAAGCCUCCAGCACCAUGGGCCUGAUCCUGACAUUGAUUACAGUGGACUCUGGGCCAGUCUCCAUGUGCAAAUGGCCAGUGAUUCUGUCACUCACAUUGUGGCAGAGAACAAUUCUUGUGCUGAAGUUUUGGAAUGGCUGAGAGGACACAAGAUGAGGGACAGUUCAAGGUUCGAACUCCUUGAUAUCUCUUGGUUCACAGCUUGCAUGGAAGCUGGAAAACCAGUGGAUUCAGAGAAAAAAUAUCGACUCAUGGUGCAACAAGCUUAUCCUGCUACUUUGGAUACACCUGAAUCAGAAACUUCAUCAUUUGUUGCAGGCAGAGUCUCCCAGUAUGCAUGUCAAAGGAGGACCACCUUAAAUAACUGCAACAAAAAGUUCACGGAUGCUUUUGAGAUACUGGUUGAAAAUUAUGAGUUCAGAGAAAAUGAAGUAUCUUGCCUUGCAUUUAUGAGAGCAGCCUCUGUGCUGAAAUUCCUUCCAUUUACUAUAGUCAGAAUGGAAGAUCUAGAAGGACUGCCUUGCAUGGGAAGUGAAAUCAGAAAUGUCAUUGAGGAGAUAAUUGAAGAAGGAGAGAGUUCUCGAGCUAAAGACGUGUUAACUGAUGAACGAUACCAAUCAUUUAAACUAUUUAUUUCUGUCUUUGGAGUGGGAUUGAAGACAUCAGAAAAAUGGUACAGAAUGGGUUUUCGGACGCUGGAAGAAGUAAAAGCUGACAAGACCCUGAAGCUAUCAAGGAUGCAGAAAGCAGGGUUUCUCUACUAUGAAGACCUCCUUAGCUGUGUAUCUAAGGCAGAAGCGGAUGCAGUAAACUUGAUUGUUAAAGAUGCUGUACGGACAUUUUUACCAGAUGCUUUAGUGACCAUAACUGGUGGUUUCAGAAGAGGUAAGAAGAUUGGACAUGAUGUCGAUUUUCUGAUCACCAGUCCAGAGCUAGGACAAGAGGAAGAAGUUUUACAUAAAGUGAUUGACUUAUGGAAAAAGCAGGGCUUGCUUUUAUACUAUGAUCUCAUUGAAUCAACAUUUCAGCAGGCAAAACUACCAAGCAGAAAAGUUGAUGCUUUUGAUCACUUCCAGAAAUGCUUUGCAAUUUUAAAAUUACAUCAGCAAAGAGUGGACACCAGCAGUUGUGAUACAUCAAAAGAAUCUGAUAAGGCAGAAGUCAAAGACUGGAAGGCAAUCCGUGUAGAUCUGGUUGUAAGCCCCUUUGAACAAUAUGCAUAUGCUCUGUUAGGUUGGUCUGGCUCCAGGCAAUUUGAGCGUGACCUACGAAGAUAUGCCACUCAUGAAAGGAAGAUGAUGUUGGAUAACCAUGCCUUAUAUGAUAAGACAAAGAGGAUAUUUCUCAAAGCCAAAAGCGAGGAAGAAAUUUUUGCACAUCUUGGCUUGGAUUACCUUGAACCAUGGGAAAGGAAUGCGUAAAAAGAUUUGCCAAUGUUCUUUCAUCAGUACACAGCUGUGGUAAUCUUACAGUUUUUAUUAGUGCUCAUCGUUGUAGUAUCUUUCUGAAUUAGCUAUCUAUGUGACAAGUGUAAAUGUGUCUUUAUAAAGAAAAUUAGUGAUGAAAAUAUUAGUUAGAAUUCAUUAUAGAUAUUGAUGUUUUAUGUGCUCCUAGAAAGAAUACUUAUUUAAGCCCCGAAAGCUUCUGUUCCUGAGCUGUGCAGUAGGCAGAGCUUGAGUUACCACAGUGUUACUCCAAUUUUAUGCUGAUGGAUUUGCACUAUAACCACUGGAAUAAAACUAUAAAGUAUUGCA